UUCAAAGGUUUGCGCUACAUUUCACUGAAAUGUGAUUUAAUAAGGUAACGAAUCAAGUUAUCCCGUCAUAUAUGUCGUGACUCAGCAGAUAUAAUGAAGAAAAAGUGAGAAUUAUGGGAGUCUGCAUUAAAACAUCAACAUUUAUCAGCAAUUAUAUUUUAAUAACCAAAAUUUUACAAGUAUAAUAUCCUAUUGUUAAGGAUAAGACUUUCUAUUUUCUUUAGGAUGAAAAUCGAUAGUAUCUUUGUGGCUCUCCCUUUAUGCAUUGUCAUUAUAUGCCAUUAUGUAAUACCGUUCAGUAUUGCUUAUAUAACAUACUGUCCAUGUAUGGGUAUGUUUGCAUCUCUCGAUGUGUUGUUCAAUGUGUUCAUCAAUCAUGCGCUAUAGGUCGUCUAGGCAAUCAAAUAGAACAAUUUCUAGGCAUGAUUGCAUUUGCUAUCAAAGUGAAUCGUACACUUGUUUUACCACCAUGGAUUAUGAUGUCAUCAUUUCGUACAGAAUUCAUACCUUUUGGAGAGUUAUUCAAUAUUACCAAACUUUCAUCAGUUCAUCAAGUCAUUUCACAAGAAGAUUUUAUGAUCAAUUUGGCUCCUGUAGUAUGGCCAACAGAUAGACGUAAAGUAAUUUGUUGGCAGCCUAGAUCUGGUCCUUUAGUUAACGAUUGUAAUGCAAAAAAUGGUAAUCCAUUCAAAGCAUUUUGGGAUAGAUUUAAUGUCAACUUCACUGGUUCCACAUUCUACUCUCCUUUAAGUGUAGAAAGUUCAAAAGAACAAUGGGACAAUUUAUUUCCAAAAGAAAUGUAUCCAGUUCUUGCAUUUGUUGGACCAAUUUCAGCAUUUCCCGUGAAUCCUAAAAAUCGAUUAUAUCAUCGUUAUCUAGAAUGGAGUGAUCGUAUUAAUACACUUAUUAAUCAAUAUAUUGAUCAAUCAUUAAUCAAACCAAUAGUUGGUGUUCAUUUACGGAAUGGAAUAGAUUUUUUGAAUGCUUGUUCAUAUUUAAAGCAUACUCCUAAAGCCUUAUUUUCAAGUGGUCAAUGUCAUGGUGAUAUGAAUGAAUUUCCACCGUAUAAAGUUACUGAUAGUAUGUGUACACCAUCGAAAGAAAUAAUUCUUCAAACAAUACUCUAUGCAGUUGGUUUAAUAAAAGCCCGAAGUGUAUAUAUAGCCACUGAUAAUAAUCCUAUGCUGUCAAUAAUUCGUCAACAUCUAAUGAAUACAACAGUAGAAAAAGUUGUCUGGAAAACUGAUUCCCUGCCUGAAGAAGAUAUGGCGCUAUUAGGCCGAAGUGAUUUAACCAUUUUAAAUUGUAUAUCCACUUAUUCAGCUGCUAUAAAACGUGAACGAGAUGUCAAACGCUUGCCUAGUAUGUUUUUUGGUUUAACUAAUGAAGAUCAAAGAGGUUUAGAAGUAUUGUGUACAACCAGUGAUAGUAUACACAAUUGGUGGUUGAAAUUUUAUCGAAAAUGAUUUUCUUAUUCUCUCCAUCUUAUUAUUAUUAU